GGGCAAGCUGGCUUCAUCUGUCGACUCCGCACACAAUGCCUCACUUCCCACCGCGAACCACCUAGAACUCACCAUGAUCAUCUACGGCUCCAAUUCCACCGACUCUCCCAACCACGACAUCCGUUUCGCCAAUCCCGAAAAUCAACGCCGACUCGAAGUCAUCAUGCGACCGAAAAUGCCGGAAUAUGUGAAAGAUAAACAUCGGGCAAAAGACGUGCAAGGGGUUUCGGAUUGGGUGCAGGAUAUGCUUAGAAAAAUCGUGCCGAGUUUGAAGCAUAGUCAAAAUUGGUAUUGCGAGUUUUGCGAUAAGCCUGCGCGUGAAUCGUAUGUGCAGAAUAUGUUUUGGACACAUCUCGAUCCCCCUCGCGCAAACGCCUACGUUCAUUUGAUCUGCGAUACUUCUAGAGGGCCUUGCUCGAAACUCCUUCAUGAAAUCGCUCGUGAAGCCGGCACCGUCGUUGGCGAGUCACAGAAAACACUAGAUAAGCAAGAAAAGAAAGCCAAGAAGAUCAUCCGCGGCUCAUCUAUUCCGGAGUCCGGGCAGUUUCCGUUGAUGGGAAGCUGUGCAUUUUGCGAGGACGAUGUGAAGGCUAGGGAAGUGGGAUUAGACGUUGGCAUGAGUAGGUGUACGGGAUGUAAGAUUACGAGGUAUUGCAGCAGAGAAUGUCAGACGCAGGAUUGGCCACAGCACAAGGAAGCCUGCAAAAUAGUAAAGGACGUGAAGUGGGUCUGGACAUGAGCGAUUUGUCCCUUGAAUUAGAUACGUUGCACCCUGCGUGAAUUGCUGACGAGAGCGUAGAUCCCAAUCUGCGCACCCAUUGUAUUUCCGUUGACUGUAUUUCUUAUUAGGUUGUACGCCUCAAAUGUAUCCUUCG